AUGAAGACGAAUUCGAUUAAAAGGUGAGUAUUUUUAAAGGGACGGGAGAAUUAUUUAUGAAAAAAGUGGAGAAUUAUGAAAUUCUGGCACGCAAUCUAGUUCAAAAUCUAAAGAACUUUUAAAAAUUAAAACAUUCAAGUAUUAGAGAAAUAUUCUAGAAAAUUUGGAAUCAAAAAAUUCUCCCGAACAUAUUCCAUAAUUCCAAAAAUCUUUCUACACCUGCCAAUUUAGUCUCUUCUAUCCCCCUUCCUUUUUCAAAAAGAAUUUUUGGCCGCCAUUUUUAAUCCCCGGUCAGCUUCUCAUUAGUCACCUUUUCGUCACCCAAAACCACAUAAAGGUAUUUAUUACUUGCAAAAUUGAAAAGGUGAAAAGAUUUUUUGAGAAAAUGAAGAGAAAAUUGGAGAUUUGAAAGAAUAUGGGAAUUUGAAACAAAACUGGGUUUACAGAAAUCCUAAUUAGAUUUAGCUACAGUAACCCGAAAAUGACUAGAAUUCUCGAAAUUUUUGAUCCCUUUGAAAAUAUCUUUUUGGAAAUAUUUUAUAUCAAAUUUUAAAAAUUUCCCAAAAAUCUCUCCACAAGUUUUUUAGGGCCAAAACCACCUAUGUUCGGGUUACUGUAGGAUACCUCUUCCACAUCUUCUCGAAUCCAAAACUCCCAUUACGCAACAAAAUUCGUCCAUAAAAAUCCCAUUUUCUCGUUUUCUCUGCGUCUCUUUUCCCUCUCGCUCUCUAACUCUAAUCACAUAUAAAAUAAAAAUAAAUAAUCUCCACAUAACACACUAUUUCAUUCCAGACAUUCACGAAGAACUAAUCGCCAUAGCAACCAAAAUUCUCGAGUUAGAAAAUCGUAUGCUUCUGCUGCUCAAGCUCCGCCCACUUUUCGAGCUGCUGCUCGAGGCGAAGAAGAGCAGGAAAGAAGAAGACAGAAUAUUAGAGAGUUAGAAGAAGUCGCAGCUUCUGGUUCUAAUUCAGGUGUCAACAACAAUUUUGGAGGACAGCCAAGAAUUAAUAUGGUGAGUUGGCUUUAUGAGGUUUUUUGAGAGACUACUGUAGUUCUUGACGAAGAAAUGUUGAGCGUAAAAUUCGAAAUUCACCAGAGUUUCAAAAGCUCUAAUUCAAAAAUGGCUUCAGAAACGGAGAUUUCUUGAAUAUAAGAAAUUCAACUUUCCGAACUUUCAAAGCAAAAAUUAAAAUGCCUAGCCUAUUUUUCAGCGGUAAAACUUUCAACCUGUAUUUUCUGAGGUACUGUAGUUUUGGUUUCAUAGUGAAAAUUGUAAAAUCCUACUGUAGGACGGACUUUGGCAAGGAAUUUUUGAAGAAAUCCGACUUUUUCGAAAACAAAAUUGAACAAUAAAAUUUUAUCUCGAUUUUUGAGUAAUUUAGGCAAAUUUCUUGAUUUCAAAAUUUAUCUUAUAUUUCCAAUUUCCCUACCAAAAAUCACUCACCUUUUUUAUCACAUAAUCAACCAAUCAAUCAAUAAAUUCCUUCAGAACCGUCGCAACUCAUUCGAAGAUUUCGCCACACUUGAUACCGUAAUCGCUUCAAUGCUUCAACGUUGCCAACAAAUGGCUCAAAUCCUCCAAAAUGCGGGUUCCGGUUCCCCGUGCACAUCACAAUCCUCAAUCGAACAAUCCAUAUAUUUAUCCGAAACUUUCGAGCAAAUCCAACCAUUGAUGCAACAAUUAGAACAAGAAGUUCAACAAGGUUCUCAAUUAUUUUCAUCUCCAAUUGUUCCAAGUUUGCAAUUAUUAUCCGAAACGGCGCAGAAAUUAGAGGAAUCUGGAGAAUCUUGUCUGAUUCGUCGAUUGGAAAAUGUUCGAGGUCAACAGAUUGCCACGUGGCAAGAAAUGAAUAGUAAGAUGAAGAUUUUCUCAAUGCAAGAUCGACAAGUUAUGUCAUAUCUUCGACAUUUGAAAUCACAAUCUCCAUCGGGUUUGCCAAUUUUUCCACGCAAUUUGGACACGUCUAACACAUUCAUCCUGAUGGGCGAUUCUGGAGUUUUCUUCUUUGCACAAGAUUUUUUAUGUCGGGGCCUUGUGCCGAAUCGGCAAGAUUUGCGGAAUCCAUCGAGAGAUCAGCAAGUCGAGAAGAAUGAGGAGAUGUUUUGGUAUGAAGCUUCGGAUACUGAUGAUGAAGUUGAGUAG